AUGAAACUCGUCCCUGGUAACUCCGCAGGAACCGUCACAACACUCUACCUGAAGUCACCUGGAACAACAUGGGACGAGAUUGACUUCGAGUUCUUAGGCAACCUAAGUGGAGAUCCUUACACACUCCACACAAAUGUAUACACACAAGGCAAAGGAGACAAAGAACAGCAGUUCAAACUCUGGUUCGACCCAACAGCUGAUUUCCACACUUACACCAUUAUAUGGAACCCACAACGAAUCAUUUUCACAGUCGAUGGAACUCCCAUUAGAGAAUUCAAGAACAUGGAAUCUAUUGGCACUCUCUUUCCCAAGAACCGACCUAUGAGAAUGUAUUCGAGUCUUUGGAACGCUGAUGAUUGGGCCACCAGAGUCGAUGGAACUCCCAUUAGAGAAUUCAAGAACAUGGAAUCUAUUGGCACUCUCUUUCCCAAGAACCGACCUAUGAGAAUGUAUUCGAGUCUUUGGAACGCUGAUGAUUGGGCCACCAGAGGUGGUUUGGUCAAAACCGAUUGGUCUAAAGCUCCUUUCACUGCUUCUUACCGUGGCUUCAACCAAGAAGCUUGUGUUUGGUCAAACGGCAAGUCUUCUUGUCCUAAUGGCUCGGCACAGGGGACGAGUGGCUCGUGGCUGUCACAGGAGCUUGACUCAACUGCUCAAGAAAGGAUGAGAUGGGUGCAGAAGAACUACAUGAUCUACAACUAUUGUACGGAUACAAAGAGAUUCCCUCAAGGUCUUCCAAAAGAGUGCUUAGCUGCCUAGAGAGUAAAGGAGUUGAGAGAAGUCUUUGUUGUUAUAAAAUUCUAUUCAUUUUAUUGUAUUAUAUCACAAGAAAUUAAUUGAUUGUUUAAAAGUAAUAUACCCUAUCUGUUACAAUGUUAACCGGACCUUGUAACUGGCUCCAAGGCUCAACCAGAUUCCCAAACUCGAACCAGGCUUCAAGGAUCAGACUUCCAAUCAUAAGCUGGUCGGAAUUGCUGUGGACCUUGUAUAGACUGAAAGUUCAUAUCAGAAAACCGUGACCAUCAAUAAAUAUUACGAGCAUCAUCCAUUAGGGUGAUGAGCAAUUUUGUACUUGUACGUUACAGAUUUUUUAAACAGAUGUAAUUGUCUACUACUAUUGUGACAUAGAACGGAGUUGACAGAGGGAAUAUAUAAAUACUGAAAGGGCUAGUACGGUACUAGUAGUUAUAUUUUCAGGUAUUAGCCUUUUCACUAUUUAUAUUUUC